UCUUUCUGCUCUCAGCACAUGCGGGAGAGGCACACUGUCGGAACUCAUACAGACUUGGCUCUCAAGUUGGAGUCACCGACACCAGGAGCCUCAACACAUCAACGGUAAACCAUGGUCAUCUUACCAUUUCUGUGUGUGUGUCUUCCCUUCAUCACUGCAACAAUAUCCUUUGAAAACCCUGAGGAUCUUGAUGGCACGUUGAGUGUUAGCAUCCCUGAAGAGGUGCCACUGCUCCCUCUUCUGGGCGGCAAAGUGGUGGUGCCCUGCUACUUCCAGGACAACACGGUCAACGACCCUGGCGCCCCAACCCUCGCCCCCCUCUCUCACCGCAUCAAGUGGACUCAUGUCACCAAGGACAAGGUCACCCUCAUCCUGGUGGCGUCGGAAGGGAAAGUUCACGUAGAGACGGAGUAUCUGGACCGGGUCACAAUGGUGAAUUAUCCAUUGGUGGCGACCGAUGCCACCAUGGAGUUGACGGAGCUUCGUGCCACUGACUCAGGCAGUUACCGCUGUGAGGUCAUGCAUGGCAUUGAGGAUAGCUACGACUCUGUGGACGUCACUGUCCAAGGUAUUGUGUUCCACUACCGAGCCAUUUCUACUCGUUACACCCUAACCUUUGAGAAGGCCAAGGCUGCGUGUAUCCAGAACAGUGCCACCAUCGCCACACCUGCCCAGCUCCAGGCCGCCUUUGACGAUGGUUAUCACCAGUGUGAUGCCGGCUGGCUCUCUGAUCAAACUGUCAGGUACCCUAUCCAUGAACCGAGAGAGGGAUGUUUUGGAGACAAAGAGGACUUCCCAGGUGUGAGAACCUACGGAGUGAGAGAUGUCAACGAGACAUAUGAUGUGUAUUGUUUCGCCGAGAAGAUGUCAGGCAGAGUGUUCUACUCCAUGUCAGUGGAGAAGUUCACCUUCUACCAAGCUGGCGACCAGUGUGCCAAACUUGGCGCCAGUCUCGCCACCACAGGCCAGCUCUACCUGGCAUGGAAGGCUGGCAUGGACGUAUGUAAUGCAGGCUGGCUGGCAGACAGGAGUGUUCGCUAUCCCAUCAACAUUGCCAGGCCCCAAUGUGGAGGAGGCCUACUAGGAGUGAGGACAGUCUACCUGCACCCCAACCAGACAGGCUAUCCCUACCCAGACUCACGCUAUGAUGCGGUCUGCUUCAGAGAAUUAGAAGAUAAUGCAGUCCUGACGACGCCCUUCCCCGACAUCAUCACCAUGACUCCAAGCCCUGUGGACUACCCGGCACGUUCCACAACACCUGAUGGGGAGGCACGGGGAGAGGUGGCCACCCAGGCCCCAACUGACACCAGCACAUUGGAACAACCUCUCCCCAUCCCCUCCAGUGUCAUCGAUACUUAUAUAAAGGUGACGCCAGUGAUAGAACAGGAGGUCAGCAUGGCCACAGUCAGACCAGAUCUGGGACGGGAGCUUCCCCGUGAGAAUGAUACUUCCAUGGCUCCCACAGGUGUGGUGUUCCACUACAGGGCAGGCUCAAGCCGUUAUGCUCUGUCUUUCGUUGAGGGCCAGCUGGCCUGUCAAAGUGUGGGGGCUAUCAUCGCCAGCCCCCAGCAACUCCUGGCAGCCUACAAGGAUGGCCUACACCACUGUGAUGCUGGCUGGCUCAGAGACCAAACUGUCAGGUACCCAAUUGUGUCCCCCAGAGAUAAGUGUUCAGGUAACCUGGAGCAUCUCCCUGGAGUGAGAUCGUACGGCCUAAGGCCUUCUGAUGAGCGAUAUGAUGUCUAUUGCUAUGUUGAGCGCCUCAAGGGUGAGGUUUUCUACACAAGUGAUUAUGAUAGCUUCUCCUACGAUGAGGCAGUGUCUCACUGUCAGAAACUCAAUGCCACCUUGGCAUCCACUGGCGAACUCUAUGCUGCCUGGAAGCAGGGCCUGGACAAGUGUCGUCCUGGCUGGCUGGCCGACCGCACUGUCCGCUACCCUAUCCGCCAACCCAAGGCCCACUGUGGAGGAGGCAAGGCUGGGGUACACACCAUCUAUGCCUACCCCAACCAGACAGGCCAUCCAGACCAGCAUUCCAGAUACGACGCCUACUGCUUCAGAGCUGAGCGCAGAGUACUUCACAAUGACACCAGUGUCAAUGAGACUCUAGUAGUGGUGGAUGAGGAAAAAAUCAACAUGACGACGAGUAUUGAUCAAUUGACACCUGUCAUUCCUAUUGUACCUCCAGUCUCUGUUGACCUGUCUGGCUCAGGCUCAGCAGAGCAGUCAGGCAGUGGCAGUAGCAGUGGCAGUGGCAGUGGAGCUGGUGGUCCUAGUGGGGAUUCAUUUGGGGGUUUUGAGACCAGUGGGGAAGGAUCUGGCUCAGGCAUCCACAUCACUCUCAGUGGCGACCAACUGUCUGGAGAGGCUUCUGGUUCUGAGGGGCCCCAGGAGGGGAGCUCCAUCAUCUACAACACAAAGGUAGACUCUGGGGACUGGGAGUCUAGUGUUGGGGAAGAGGAGAAACCUGGGUUCAGUGGGUUCCCCUCCGGUGUGGGUCCCCAUUCUACUAGUGGCAGUGGUGACAUCAGUGGUGACCUCAGUGGUAGCGGAGAGUCCACAAUCAUCAUGGUGGACGGGGAGACGGUCGACCUUUCUACUAAACAACAGCCCACCCAGCAAGAAUUGGGAAGAGGGAGCGUGGACCUGAGUGGAUCAGGGGGCAUGUCUGGGUCAGGGACCAGCGGCUUCUUCAGUGGCUCUGGAAUCCCAGUCAUAUCCUUUGUUACUCCCACUCUUGUCGACCAGACGACUAGAGCAUCAGGCGAGCAGGAAGUAUCUGGUUUCCAUCACAUGGGUUCUGGUUUUCCGAGUGGCUUUACAUCUGGGGAUCCAUCUGGCUACGCAUCAGGGACCCCCUCUGAAGAUGUUUCGCAACCCCGUGGGGAUGUUGUCUUCCUGCCGGAGGAUGGGAUGAUGGAGGUAAAUGUGCGGCCUUCCGAUCGUCUUCCAGAACAGGGACGUGGCCAGGUGGACCUCAGUGGCGAUGGUAGUGGUCCAGGGUUCUAUGAAGUGAGUAGUACUUGGGAUCACCAUGCUUCAGCCAAUGGGGAGCUUUCCCGGAGAGAUCCUACAGCCGAAGGAAUGUCUGUUGUCCUGCCCCCAGGUUCUACAUUCCCUUCUCCAGAAUAUAUUGCCAACCAAGAAAAUUUAACUAAUGUAGAGGAAAAGCUACCGCAGCUAGAUCUUGAAGGGCUGGCUGGGCCCACGGAGGAGAUUUAUGUCACCUCUCCCUCAUCCACUUACUCCAGUCCUACCACCGCACCUGCUGUCUCACAAGUGACACCUGCUGUUGUGCAGCAACCUGCCACUGAAGACGCAUCUCCUGACCCCUGUGAACCUAAUCCGUGUGGAGCUGGUACCUGUUCUGUGCAUGGUGAUAUUGCAGUCUGUCAGUGUCCACAUGGAUUUACUGGAGAAGACUGCAAGACACCAACGCAGGGCUGUGCAGAAGGCUGGGUGGAAUUCAUGGGAAGCUGCUACCUUCACUUUUCUGAGAGGGACACCUGGGGUGUGGCUGAGCAUCGCUGCCAAGAGCUCAACUCUCAUCUGGUCAGCAUCACUUCACAACAGGAGCAAAACUUUGUCAACUCUAAUGCCCAGGAUUACCAGUGGAUUGGACUAAAUGAUAAGGACGUGCAGAAUGAGUUUCGCUGGACAGACGGGAGUCCCCUGCAAUUUGAGAACUGGAGGCCAAACCAACCAGAUAACUACUUUGACUCAGCGGAGGACUGUGUGGUAAUGAUCUGGCAUGAAGAAGGCCAGUGGAAUGAUGUACCCUGCAACUACCACCUGCCCUUCACCUGCAAGAGUGGACCUGCCAUGUGCUCUUGGCCUCCUGAGGUAGAAAAUGCCAAGCCUAUGGGCAAUAGAAGAGACCGUUACCCAGUCAACUCUUUAGUCCGCUAUCAGUGUGACUCUGGCUUCACACAGCGCCAUCUACCUGUUGUACGCUGCCUGCCCGACGGCCGGUGGGAGGAGCCACAAGUGGAGUGUAUAGGAUCUGGCACCACAAGCAACAGACUACACAAGCGGUCCAUCAGGAGGCGGUCUAAAGCGGUCAGCAGUCAAUCAUGGAGGAAGCUCCUUUAAUUAGGGAGUGAAAGGACACACUAAAGAGAACCUGAAGGACCGCUCUUGUAAAAUACCUGAUACCCCAAAACAUUUUUGUAUGACUAAAAAAGGAUAACACUCCCACCAUGUACAUAAACAACAAAGCACAUUACAGCUUGAUUUUGUAGUCCAUCUGACUGGCAUUUUGGUCUUUGAGCGUCACUCAGUGCCUUGUAGGGAUAUGUGGGAAGUCUUUUGUUUACUGUAGUGGAAUGUUCUGUUUGUGGUUGUGUUCAACUGUUGAAGGCUAAUGAUUUGGAGGGAGAAUGUAGUGGUAUCGAUGUAAAGUAUAAAACUUGGUGGUAGUAUACAUAAUAGUGUACUAUAGACAUAGGGAAUGUUUUGGCAAACUCCAUUCCACCAGGUGGCACUUUAUACACCUUCAUUAACAUAGAUGGGUCCAAAACUUCAAUACGACACUUCAAAAUAGAUAAAGACUAUUACGAUUUUUUGAUUUAUUUGGGGUUUAUUUAUUCAGGAACUACUUUGGGGUUGGGGUGAGGGGGCGUCUUUUCCAAGGCACUAGAGUGACACUGAGAGUCAAAAACAGAACAAAAUUAAGUGUUUGGGAUUACAGCUGGAUACUCUGAAGUCAAGCACAUUGCUAUGUAGAUCUUUAUUAUAUCAUUUAGGAUAUUUUUCUAUUUUUGUUUUAAUUUGAGACUUUUUAGGGUGGGCACUUAACCCUGUAAGACCCGAUUUAAAAUUUCAACAUCACCUUAAAUCUCCAAAAAACUUUUUUCGUGAACAACGACAUUUACAUAACCAAUGGGUCCUAUAGUCUUGCCUUCCAAUGCUAUUGGAUACAUUUGGUCUUUCAAAAAAAAAGAAAUUAGCAAUUAAAGAGCUAAAGAUGACGUUGUAAUUUUACAACAAGGGGUCUUACAGGGCUAAGGCCAGACAUAGGGAUCACACAUCUGUGUGAUGAGACAGAAUAAGGGUGGUGUUUCCAACUGAUGAACAAAGUGUGUCAACAUAUGCAUGAUUAUACACUAUAAUGCCAAUCCAUCAACCGGGUUCUGGGGUUGCCAUAGCUCAAAUACUUGGAAUCAUCUAAAACUGGAUCAAUUCUGCACAUGGGUGAUUGGCUAGUAAUGCUAUCCGUAGGGAGAGCCAGGUAACUACUGUAGCCAAAAACAGUUGUGACCUACAUUAACAAUCCAUGAACUUCUGUACUCGUUUACAUUUCUCAAGUCAUUUUGUACCGACCACAUUCUACCAUGUCAAUGAGCUAUUGUCUGUCUAACAAGGAUAAUGUUCUAUAAUAAUUAUUUGUCUAUCUAUAACUUCACUCUGAACAGCGGGAUCUGUGAUUGACUUACAUAGAGAUCAGACACAAAGUGGCACGUUUGUUAGGGGACUCUUCUAGCAAACCUAUCUUACUUGCAACCUGCAAGUGUCUAUCCUGACUUAGUGGUGUUUUACCAAUAGUCGAAAAAUCUCUGUGCCAAAUGUGACAAGGCAAAGAGCAAAUGUGACAAGGCAAAGAGCAAAUGUGACAAGGCAAAGAGCUCUGAAGCACUCGAGAAUUGAUAGCCCUUAAUCAAACAAGCUGUGAAUACAGUUAUAUGGACAAAGGCGGCAACACACACACACAUAUAACACAGCAUUUGAGCUCAGUAUACUUCAACAUGAUGCUUGUAAAAGGUUUAUAUCAAAGAGGUCGGCACACACAUACACACGAGGCCAUUAACCUAAAUACAUGACAGAAUAAGUCACAGAAACAAUGAAUUACAAUUAUUGUGUAUUUUGGCCUUACUACUUGUAAAUGUGUGUGUGGGAACGUGUUAGCUACAUGUUGUGUGUCAAUGUGUGUGUUAUGGUUAGAGUAUGUAAGUGUUUUUGGACUGUAAGUUCUGCAGUCAAAGACUGUACUUUACAACAAACUAAAUGUGUAAGGUUGAUACCUAAGAUGGUGUGGUUUUGGCAAGAGAUCUUAAUAAAAAAUAAUUUAAAAAGAUCAAAUAACACCUGAAAACUUCCUAUAU